AUGGUUGGGCAUAAUAACACGAUAAAAAGAGUACCUCCGUUUAUGAAAGAGCUGGAAGAUAUUUAUAACAUAUGUUAUAGCGGAUUAAAUAAAAUUGACAAGUGUAUUUUUGUAAAAAAAAUAAAGAGAAGAAUAAAUAUACAUGAGAUAGAUAUGUACCAAUUAUGUAUUCUUCAUUAUCAACUAUGCAAUAAAGAGAAGAUAUAUAAAAUGUCUUAUGUUCAAGAGGAUAUGGAUAUAAGCAAUUGUUUUUUUGACAGAGGUGAAACAAAGAUAUAUUUUUCGAAAGAUGGAAAUAUAGGUUGCUUAUUUAAUACAAAUGAAAAGAAAUUAAGAAUUGAAUUAUUUAAAAAUGUAAGCGAUAAUGGUAAUUUCUUUUUUACAUGUAUGAAUAGUAUAUUGAUAAAUGAUUUACAUAAAAAAUUCUUUAUAUAUGAAUCUUUCUGUUCUUUUAAUACUAAUAAUACUCUAUUAAUAUAUAGUGCUGAAAAUAACGAUCAAAGGUUAAAAAAAGAAAAAAAUAGCUUACAAGAUAAAGAUUUAGAUCUAUGGGAUAAAUUAAAUAAUGGAAUCUACGUAGAAACCUUUGGAGAGCAAUUUAAUUGUAAUUCUUUUUAUUUAUAUUUAUAUAAUUUAUUAGAAAAUACUAUAAAAUAUAUAACCGUCAAAGAUGUAACAAGUUGUUAUUACUCUCCACAAUUUAUUGAUGAAAAUUCUUUUGUUUGUUUAUCCUAUAGAACUACACCAUAUAGAUUAGGAAUCUACGCUUUUAAUAUAAGACCUAAUGAUUUGUAUUUAUGUACAUUGAACGAAGCAGAUUUGAAAAUCUCUGACGACAGAAAUGAAUACAAAUCAAAAAAUAAUAAUAACAGCAAUAAUAGCGAUAAUAAUAAGGCUUAUGUUAGGUGUGCUUAUACAAAAAUUUCAUCAAAAAAUUUUAAACAUACCGCAUCUCCAUAUAUUAUAAAACAUGAAGAUACAGUAUAUGUAGCAUGCUUAGUUGUGUUUUCGAAAAAUGAAGAAUGUAAACAACACACUACAGAAUAUAAUUUGGUAUUAAUAAAACUAAAUAAACAAGAAACAAAAUCGAAAGGUUUUUUACAAGACCAUGAAAAGGAAAAAAUUAGGGAAAAGACAAACCAAAAUGUAAAUAUUGAUCUAAAUGUUGAUGUAAAUAUUGAUCUAAAUGUUGAUGUAAAUAUUGAUCUAAAUACUGAUGUAAAUACUGAUGUAAAUAUUAAUGGAAAUAUAAAUAUUAAUAGCAAUAGUAAUGAUGCACAUACGAAUAAGGUAGGAGAAAAAAAAGAUGAGAAUCUUCUUGUUAAUAAAAACAAUUCAACUAUUUAUCAUGCAAACGAAAGCAAUGAAAAAAGAAACAGUCUUACAAAUAAUUAUGAGAACACAAACUAUAGUUAUGAGGAAAUUUAUGUACAUAAUGAUGAUAACGCUAGAUAUAUUAAUGGAUAUUUAAAAAAGUUUCAAAAGGAAAAUACAAAUGAAGAACAUAAUAAUAAAUGUGAAUAUUCUUAUGAAACGAAUAAACCAUAUGAUACAGAUACAUGUUAUGAUACCGUAUCCGAUGUACAUAAACAAUAUACAUAUGGCGAUGAAGAUGAUAUGAAUAAUGGAUAUCAUAAUAAUAAUAAUAAUAAAUUAAAAGAAGAAGAUGGUUGUGGUUAUCCCAUGAAUGAACAUAAAGAUGAUGUUUGUAAUUAUACGAAAGUUCAAACAGAAAUACUUAUUAAAGAAGGGAAUUAUACUACAUAUUUUAGAGGAUUAUAUACUAAUGAAAUCAAAGGAUGUUGUUAUCCAUAUAUUUUUUUAAAUACUAUUUUAUAUUGUAGUAAAAUAGUAAUAGCAGUUCAUAUGUUUACCAAAAAAAUAUAUAGAAUUCUAAUAAGUAAUAUAUAUCAUGAAGAUGAUUUGAAAACUAGUAUAGAAAUAUUAACCAUGAAAAAUGAUAAUAUCUUGAUAAGUAUAACAAAUAUGAUAUUAAAUGAUGUAUUAGCAUAUUGUAUAUUUAAUGAAAAAAAUAUACAUGGAGAUUAUAUAUAUUUAAUAAAUUUAAAAAGUUAUAAUUUGGAUUUUCAGAAAUAUGAAAGUCUCCAGGAUGGCAACAUCUGCACAAAACAUGCAAAAAAUAAUUGUCAUGGUAACCAUAAUAAUGUAUGUGAUGGUAACCAUAAUAAUGUAUGUGAUGGUAACCAUAAUAAUAUAUGUAAUGGUAACAAUAAUAAUAAUAACAAUUGCGAUAGUCAUAUUUUGACGAAGAAAAACAACACUUGUAAAAAUCCUAAGGGAAGCAUUUUAUACUUAUCGUUAAACGAUAACUCUAAAAAAUUAUUUAUGCUCCUAAACGAAAUGGUAACAUCACUAUUUCAAGAUAAACAUCCAUAUAUAAGAAGAAAAGAUGCACACUUUAAUUUGUUAUAUGAAAAUGAAAAUAGCUUUUUAAAUGAUAUUCAAGAGAAAAAUUUUAGUUUAUCUAAUUUUAAUUUAUUUAAUAAAAAAAAAUUAAGAAAUCUUAUUUUAUAUAUACAUGGAGGUCCCUAUAGUAUAAUAUUAAAUGAAUAUAAAAAUAUAUUCAUAUUCUUUGCAGCAUCAGGUUUUGAUGUUUUGUGUGUUAAUUAUAUUGGUUCCUUAACUUUCUCAAAUAAACUUAAUAUAUUAAGUGGUCAUAUUAAUUCUAUAGAAAUUGAUGAUAUUAUUAAUAUUUUUAAAGAUUUUGUAAAUUAUUUUGGAGAUUAUGAAAAUAUUUAUUUAUAUGGAGGAUCCUAUGGAGCAUUUGCAUCAUGCGCAUUAUUAACAAAAUAUAACUCUUUAUUUAAAAGUGCUUGUAUUAUUAAUGGAGUAUAUGAAUGGAUUCUAUCUACAUAUUCAAGUGAUGUUCCCGACUUUUUUCUUAACAUAACUAGAAAUAAAUUUUCAGAAUAUGAUUAUAAUUUAAGCAAAGAAGAUUAUACACUAUUAUAUGAUAUGUCUCCUAUUAAUUAUGCUCAUAAUAUAUCUUCCCCAAUUCUAAUUAUAUGCUCAAAAGAUGAUAAACGAGUAUCUUAUCAUAAUAGUAUUGCUUUAUAUAAUAAACUUAGGGCUCUUAAAAAAAAAUGUAAGCUCUUCCUAUUUCAAAAUACAAAUCAUUCUAUAGAUAAUUAUUCUUAUGAUGAAACCAUGUUGCUCAACAUUAUCUUGUGGUUCUACGACUAUGAUGAUAAAAAAAAAAAAUAA